CAUACAGUCUCUAGUCUCUCACAGGCCACCGAGCCUCGAUACUCAUAUUUAUACAUAUUUUUAUAUAUUUCAAAGGCAGGCACAUAGGAUAUGAAACUUCUUGGAUUUAAAAUAUUUUGAAUUCAUCAUGGUCAUACGAACAAAAGUAAAUAUUAUAAACAUUAAUGGAAUAUAUCUGCUGAGAUAAGAAUUGCUGACAACAAAAAACAAUGACGAUUUCAACAUCUAUUGGACUGUGAGUGAUUAGAAUAAUUUUCUGGACAUUUUUUAAGGACAAAAAUUGAUACAUACGAAGAAAGAAAGAAAUUAAUAAUGGGUGAAAAAACGAAGAUUUUUUUGUUGUUACUUAAAAAAAAUUUUCUAGUCCGGAAAAAACAUUGGGCCCAAUCUGUUAUUGUUCAGAUUAUAAUUCCUAUUGUUUUGUUUUUAAUUGGAGAAAAUAUUCAGUUAAUGAUCGAUAGUACACCUACACGUGUCCCUCAUAAUACGUACUAUGAAAUUCGAACUCAAUCUCAGCUAUUAUCUGAUGUUUCAAUGUCUGGAACGUACAUAAGAUAUACACCCCGGAACAACUAUACUGAUAAACUUAUGAAAUCUACAAGAGAGUGUCUUAAAUUAAAAGCUACAGAUGUCGUUGGGUCAAAAGAUGAGGAUAAUCUGAUCGCCGAACUUCAACGUGAUUUUUCAACAUCCGAAUAUCCACCAGAAUGUGUUGGGAUUAUUUUUGAAUCUUUUGGAAAUAGUACACUUCUAAAAUAUAAACUACGAGUAUCCUCGUUGAUGCCAUCAGAGUUAUUCGAUUCCGAAGAAAAUAGUAUUCAAGCUAAUUUUCAAUUUUUAAAGGUACCAUUGGUUCAAGUACAAAUGUGCCUAGACCAAUCUUAUAUUAAUUUAACUGUACCGGAGCCCAAAUUCAAUAUUCCAGAGAUAACAAUACAACAAAUGCCAUAUCCUCCAUACAUUAAAGUUAAUAAAGACGCUGUUAUUACUGGGGAUACAUUUGCAGAACUAGCCCGACUGGUAUUUCUCAUAAUAUUGUGUGUAGAAAUAUCAUUCCCAGCUAAUGAAAAAUUUAUUGGUAUUAAUAUUCUUAUGUCCGUAAAUGGCUUAAAAACUCGCAUGAAUUUGUUGAGUUGGCUAGUAAGUGGUGCGAUAUACAGUACAAGUUAUUUAUUACCAAUAGUUGUACUUUUGAAACAUUUCAUGCCCCCCAGAGUAAGGCCAUUUUUACUUUAUGGAGAUGCAUUCAUUGUAUGGAUCGCUUUGUUUAUACACGCUUGUCAUGUCAUCACUUUUGGAUACCACAUUUCAUCAUAUUUUUGGAAACCGUCACACGGGAUAUUCGUAACUUUUAUGGUCACAACUCUUAUGAAUAUCUUGGCAAUUUUCGUGCGUGGAUAUACAGUUGAACGAUUUUUCUUAUACGCUGGAAUUUUUUCUCCUAAUUUCAUAUUGAAAAAAAUAUUUUCAGAGCUUACAGACUACGAAAGUAAAUUAACUGGUAUUCAUUGGUCAAAUUUAUUUACGACUGGUUCUAAUACGGGAGCACCUGAAGGAAGUAUCGGAGUCCUAAUAAUUUUUUCGAUACUAGGUAUUAUUUUCCAUUUUUUCAUGACAAUUUAUGUAUAUAAUGUUUUUCCUGGGAAAUAUGGGAUUCGGCGUAGUCCAUUUUAUUGUUUUCAGCAAAAGAAAUCUAAUAAAGUAGAUAACAAUGAAAAUGAAAUAAUUUUCGAAAAUAUUCAUGCUAAUAAAAAAGAAUUCGAAGUAGUGCCCGAAGGUAGUCUCGAACCAGGAAUAAGAAUUCGAAGAUUAAAGAAAACAUAUACAACAGAUUGGUUUCGAAAUACAAAAGUUUACGCACUAAAGGGGGUAUCAUUGGAUUUUUAUAAAAGUCAAAUAACUGCAUUACUCGGUCACAAUGGCGCCGGUAAAACUACAAUGAUGUCAAUUUUGUCUGGACUGACUGAUUUGACCGAAGGCGUUAUAUUUAUUAACGGGAAAAAUAUUAUAACGAAUCCAGACGUGAUUAGUAGUAAUAUCGGUUUAUGUCCUCAAGAAAAUAUGGUCUUUCCAGACUUGAAUGUCUAUCAGCAACUGAUGUUCUUCGGUACAUUGAAAGGAAAGACAAAAACAAAAUCGCAGCUUGAACACGAAAUAGAUUCAUUAUUAUCCAAAGUUAAUUUAACUGAAAAAAAAUAUGCGUUCCCUAAUCAACUUUCCGGAGGUCAAAAAAGACGAUUAUGUUUAGCGAUGGCUGUCGUGGGUGAUGCCAGUGUAUUAAUUUUAGAUGAACCGACAUCUGGGAUGGAUGCUGAAAGUAAACGUGAAGUUUGGGAUAUUAUACUAAAAAUGCGAGGUGAGAAGACAAUAAUAAUCAGUACCCACGACAUGGAAGAAGCCGACAUAUUAGGGGACCGGAUAUCUAUUAUGCAUUCCGGUAAAACAAAAUGCUACGGGACAUCGAUGUUUUUAAAAAAAUUGUACGGGAACGGUCACAUAGAAAUAACUUUAUCUACUGAAGACUGGUUCGACGUGACAAAUGUUUCAUAUGAAAUAGGAGUUACAGUACAAGUUGUAAAUCAAAACGAUGGAAAAACAGUAUUAAUUAUUCCACAUAUUGACAAUUUACCCCAGGCAUUAGAUAAAUUGGAAUCAUCGAAAAAACAAUUAGGAAUAACAGGAAUCAGCGUAUCCAUGAUAACUUUGGAACAGGUGUUUUUACAAGUCACUCGCGAAAACAAUGACGUCGUAGAUUCGAGUGAUCCAAUAAGAUCGUUUGAUAAAAAUAAAGGAUUUGCUUACUACGCCCAGACGUUCAAAGGGUUUUUAAUUAAAAAAAUAAUAUUUGCCCGUAAAAAUCCAUGGAAUUUUUUGAUAAGUUUAUUGCUUCCAUGUUUUGCGGCAGUAUUAAUUUUGCUGGAUCAUGGAGUAUCUUCUGGGUCUAGUAAAUCAACGCCUUUAACUUUGGAUAAUUAUUACCAUUCAACUGCAUUAGUUUACACGGAAAAUAAUAUUUUCGGCAGCAAGUACAGAGACACUAUUGAGUAUUUUAAAGGUACUGCGAAUAUAGUCUCAUCAAAUUUGAGUCUUACUGAUAGUCUAUUGAGGUUCGCAACCAAUGACCUGAGUGCUUAUAGAAAUAAGAUGAUAGUGUCUGCGGAAUUCAAUGGGACCAAUGAUAACAUUAAAGCCAAUGGUUUUUAUUCGGGCAGUGCUCUCCUCAGUGUACCGAUAACUAUUAAUACCAUUACUAACACGCUGAUAAAAGUGCUUACAAACAACAGCAAUUAUAGAAUCGAAGCAUCUGCACAAUCACUUCCGGAUAUUGAUAAAUUGAAACAAGCGCCAAUGCUUAAUACUGAUGUUACUCUUUCUAUGAUUGUAUUUUUAGCCCCGGCGAUUGCUAUGUAUGUUACUCAGCCUUUAACGGAAUCGUUAUCGGGAAUAAAACAGCUACAAAUAAUGACUGGUGCUCCGACAUUGAUGUACUGGGGAGCGACAUUUUUAUUUGACAUAAUACAAUAUAUUAUUUCCGUGCUAUUACUUCUAGUAACGUUUGUUUCUAUCGACAAGACAUUAGGAACUGAAUACUAUCAACUGCAAGAAAUAUUGAUUUUCAUUGGGUUGCUACUUUUAUUUGGGAUAAGCGUUCUGCCCUUCGUUUACCUAACAAGUUUUUUGAAGAAAACAUUAAAUUCAACGAUGAUAGCUUUAUGCGUCGCACCAUUAGUACUAACUGCAAUUGAAUUGAUUUUAUUCGCUUUUUCAAUGGAAUUGAAACACGACGCGUUCAAGAUUUUCCGUAAAAUUCAAAGUAAUUUAUUUUUGCUUAUUCCUCACGUGAGUUUCAUUUACGGACAUCUUUCAUUCCACAAUGCUUUGGCUCAAAAUGCACGAUGCCGACGAAUGCCUAAUAAAUUAUUAGAAGUGUCUUGUAUAAGUGGUAUGGAUCCAUGUUGUGGCAUGGAUUGUUUUGACGGUGUAUGUAAGAAGCCUUUGUCUUACUUCGACGAAUUACAUGAUAUCCUCCCCAGUCUUCGUAAAAGUAUGAUAUAUCUUAGCUGCUUACCAAUAAUUUUCUUCACGAUUAUUUCGUUGCUAGAAUUGAAAUUAUUCGGUGAAUUGUUAGCAAUUUUCAGAAGACGAAAGGCAAAUAAAAAUAUUGUUGGAAUAGACGAAAUGGUGUUGAAGGAAAAAUUCAUCGUUAAUGACGAAAUUUCAAGGCUUGUGAAAAAAGUUAAAAAUAAUUUAUACCAAAGUGAGAACAUAUUUCUCGUUCAAGAAUUAGAAAAAUAUUAUGGUAGAUUCCAUGCUGUUAAAGGAAUUACUUUUAGAGUUAAAGAGGGUGAAUGUUUUGGUCUGCUUGGAGUUAAUGGAGCAGGAAAAAGUACGACAUUUAGAAUGCUAACGGGCGAUUCAAUCCAAAGUAACGGAGCAAUGUAUUUAAAAGACAGCAAUAUUUCAACUGACCGCGUAAAAUAUCUUAUGCAGAUGGGCUAUUGCCCACAGCAAGAUGCGCUAAUUGACACUUUCAAUUCAUGGGAUCACUUGUAUCUAUUUGCUAAACUUCGAGGAAUACCAGACUCUCAAAUUGACUCGACUGUACACAAGUGGAUUUCAAAGCUCAAUUUAACAGCUUGUGCUAGUCAGCCAAGUGGAACUUACAGCGGGGGGAAUAAACGUCGGUUGAAUAUCGCAAUCGCACUUAUCGGUAACCCUCCGCUUGUGCUGAUGGACGAACCGACGACGGGUGUAGAUCCAGCAGCCAGAAGAUCUUUGUGGAACACACUCAAGGCAUGCCAAAAUAGUGGGCAGUCAAUAAUUCUAACAUCGCACAGCAUGGAAGAAUGUGAAGUCCUCUGCAACCGCUUAGUAAUUAUGGUAGGAGGGCAAUUAGUUUGUGUCGGAGCUAGUCAAGAGUUGAAACAACGAUUUGGAGCUGGUUAUAAUAUUCAUAUAAAACUUUCACCAGAUCACAAUAACUCACAUAUUGACCUGAUAAAAAUUAAGAUUGAGUCCAAUUUUACCUGCAAGCUUACGGAUGAAAAUACGGGAUUUAUCGGUUAUCACAUAACCGAUCCGACGGUAACCUGGACUGCUAUGUAUGCAGUUAUGAAUGAAUUGAAAAACGAUUUUAACUGCAUUGAAGACUUUGUUGUCUUAUCCUCAACAUUAGAACAAUUAUUUAUACAAUUUGCUCGGGCACCUGCCGAAACUACCCAUCAAUUAAAUGGUGUUGUGACAGAAUCAUGGAAGAAACAAACAAACGAAUCAGGGCUUUAAUAGUAUCUUAUACAUCUUGUGGAAUCGGUAUUAUACUCUAGUUUCACGGCACGCAAACGAGCGAAACGAAUGUUGCUAACAUACAAGAGUAUAAUUCUCGAUGUCACUAGAUGUAUGCAAUAAUUUGGGUAAUGGGUACACGAAAAAAAAGCCGUUAAAUGUCUAAAGUCAUCGGCUGCAGUCGGAGUUAUAAAAAUAACUUACUUCACUUUUGGUAAAAAAGAUUUAUACUUUUUGGAAUUUCAUACUUUGUUUAAUAUUCACUUAACCCUUCGUCGGUCGCGUAAUGAUCGUGGCGCCGCCUUUUUUGCAUUUGAUUUUUUUCUCAAAAUUGCUUUGAAAAAAAUUUCAUUCCUUCUUUGAACUUUGAAAAUUUUAACGCUAUUUACAAGCAUAAAAACACUUGGAAAAUAUUUAUAAAUUUUAAUAUCCGAGACCGAGUAUGAGAAAGCGGCGUUCCGCCACCCGGUGCGAAUAAAUGCCCGAGUCUUUUUCAAACUGCGCUGUUGCCAAGUUUCUUUACCGCUAUUUUAGUCUGUUUUACCACAUGUAGAAUAGGCACACCUAUUGAAAGUAAAGUGAGUUUUCAGGUUAGUUUUUGCUUUCAUUAUUUUAUUUACAACUUAAUUGUUAUUUAAUAUUACUAGUUUCAUUCAUAUUAAAUAUUUGUAAACAAUUUUCUUAUUAAACAAAUAAAUUUUUUAAUACUGGGAAAACUUAUAAAAGUCACGGUUCGAAAUUUGGCAACAGCGCGUUCAAUUUAAUACGGCGGCGAAACGCUCACCAUGCGACCUAACUCGGCUGGAAAAUGCACGCGACCAAGGUUUAAUAAAAGUUAACUCAUUAAAAACUUAACUUCCUUGGCGGAUCCAAAUUUCGGUAUUUCUACGGCAAAUUUGCCGCAAUUUACAGUAAUGUAAAGUAAUUUACGAUAUUUUACAGUGAAUUACUGUAAAAUACAGCAUUCUUACCGUAGGCACCGUAUAUUUUUUUAUUUUUAUAUUUAUUACAGUGCAAUACUUCAGUUUACGGUAAAAUACCGCAGGCUUGCCGCAAUUUUACGACCUUACUGCAAAUAUACCGUAAUUUUGCCGUAAAAAUACCGUAAUUCGGUUUCGCCAGGGCUGGGUGUUAUGUCGAACCAAUUAACAGAAAUAUGUAAGGUUAUAAAAUUUAACUGACAUUGCAUUGGUCUGCGCAUGCGUAAGCUGAUGAAUUAAAUGCGCAUACGCAGUCGAGAUUUUGGUGACGUUAAUAAGGCAGCUAAAUUAAGUGACGAAACCUGAGAGAAGUAAUAGAUUCGUUAGUAGUUUGAAUUAUUGAGUGGGGAUAUGCUCCGCCUAUUUCAAUAAAAUUUCAUGACUUAUAGUAAAAAUAAGUGAUGUAAUAUAGAUCAAAUGACACUUUCAACCAAUCAGACAUGAUUGCGUGUUACUAUCAAAUUUUAUGAGGCUGACUUUAGUCAGCGGCGUAUUCUUCAGGCAUGAGUUACAUAAAAUUAAUAUUCCAUGAGAAUGAUUAGAAUUCAUAAUUUGAAAAUCAAAUUUUUUGUAAAUGUUAUUUAACUUAUUGAGCACUUAAGAAAAGAUAGUUUUUAAUUUUUGAGAUUUUAUUCUUAUAUUUUUUAUUUAUUUCAUCCUAUACGUGCACAAUUAAUAUGAAGAUCAAUUAAUUCGAUUAUUAUAAAAUGAAAAUUAUUAUAUUAUUAUUAUUAUUGAGGCAAUUUAUUUGUAAACUUCAUAUUAUUCUUGGCUUAUUUUUUUUUCCUCUUUUUUCAUACAGUCCGCGUCACUUGGAUAGCCUAACCUAUUUUUUUUUCAAUAACUGAUUCUUUACUCGCUGAUAUAUAAAGUUAUCUGAAUAUUUUAUAUUACUUAUUUAAGACAGAACAAGAUAUGUUAUUAGUGUUCGGGAAACAAAGCGAGGACAUCGUGAGGGAGGCAUGCCAAGGUCGGCAGUUCGUCACAUGGAUAACCUCAGUCAAAUUUAUUGCGCAAAGGAACUAAUACGAUUCAUUUUCGAAUUAUUAUGUUGUAAUUUUAUAGCGUAGUGAAUAAAUUAAAAUCGAUUUAAAACACCAAAAUUGGUUUCUAUAUAAAAUGGCGCGCAAUAAAAUUUUAAGUAUUGAAAAAAUUAUUAAAAUCAAUUUUUUACUUGAUCAAAAUUUAUCUUAUCGUGAAAUCGUUAGAAGAGUGAAUAGAAGUGCUAAAGUUAUUAAUAAUUUCGUGAAAAACAAUGAAAACUACGGAAAAAAUUAUAAAGGUCGAACGAAAUUCGCAACAACGCCAAGGGAACGUCGAAUGAUAAUUCGCGCGGCAUCUAAUUCCAUUAAGACUGUGAAGCAAAUAGCAGCAGAAGUUGGAACAACAGCAUCUAUUUCAACUGUAACAAGAGUGUUAAGACGGGCAAAGCAUCUAAAGAGAAUGAAAUUUAAAAAAAAAAAUCGGCUUUGAAUCAAAAACACAUUUCGCCACGACUUUUAUUUGUAAAAGAACAUAUGACGGAUAGAUAAAUGGCUACGAGUAAUUUUUUCAGAUGAAAUGAAAUUUAA